AUUCCCCGGAGAGAUUGGUUGUGAAGGAGAUUAAAGAUCAGAUAAUGCUUUAUAAUAUCCGUAUCCCACUGGUUAACCCCGCGGCGGCUGUCCGAGUAUAGAGUAAAGAAGAAUAAGGAUCUUGUAUGCGGUAGACUCCAUCUCUUGCGUAGUCACCGACCGCACCGUCGCGGAGUAACCUCGCGGACUGUUUCGGGUGGGGGGGGAUCGGCAGGAGAAGGCACCAUGCAGGUCUCUUUCGCUUGUUCGGAGCACGGUUUAAAAGGUCGCAGCGGGGACGAUAGACUGAACCGGCAGAAUGUCAGCAGCCCGAGCCUCGCGGCCAGGACGAAAUUCCGUGCGGUGGCGAUGGUGGCGCGGAGCCUGGGACAUCUGUCGGUGCAAAGUGUUCACCCCCCGAGUGAAUCCAGCCUGCGCCAGCCCGGCAUGAAGUAUAGAAAUCUUGGAAAGUCCGGCCUAAGGGUCUCCUGCCUGGGCUUAGGAACAUGGGUGACGUUUGGAGGUCAGAUCACAGAUGAGAUGGCAGAACAGCUGAUGACUUUGGCCUAUGACAAUGGAAUUAACCUCUUUGACACCGCAGAGGUUUAUGCUGCUGGGAAGGCUGAAGUUGUGUUGGGAAAUAUCAUCAAGAAGAAAGGUUGGAGGCGGUCCAGUUUAGUUAUUACAACUAAAAUCUUUUGGGGAGGAAAGGCAGAAACUGAAAGAGGUUUAUCGAGAAAACAUAUAAUUGAAGGUUUAAAGGCUUCAUUAGAUAGACUUCAGCUAGAAUAUGUGGACGUCGUAUUCGCUAACCGACCCGACCCCAACACACCGAUGGAAGAGACGGUCCGGGCCAUGACCCAUGUGAUCAACCAAGGGAUGGCGAUGUAUUGGGGGACGUCACGUUGGAGCUCCAUGGAAAUAAUGGAAGCUUACUCAGUAGCGCGACAAUUCAAUUUGAUUCCUCCAAUCUGUGAACAAGCUGAGUAUCACAUGUUUCAAAGAGAAAAGGUUGAAGUACAACUCCCGGAACUGUUUCAUAAAAUCGGUGUGGGCGCUAUGACGUGGUCACCGCUUGCCUGUGGAAUAGUAUCGGGAAAAUACGAUGGUGGAAUUCCACCAUAUUCGAGAGCAUCACUCAAGGGUUAUCAGUGGUUAAAAGACAAAAUCUUGAGCGAAGAAGGAAGACGACAGCAAGCGAAACUGAAGGAGCUCCAGGCCAUCGCAGAACGUCUGGGCUGCACUCUUCCCCAGUUAGCCAUCGCCUGGUGUCUGAGGAACGAAGGGGUCAGUUCAGUCUUGUUAGGGGCAUCAAAUGCCGACCAACUACUGGAGAAUAUUGGAGCAAUACAGGUCCUUCCAAAGUUAUCCUCUUCUAUAAUUCACGAGAUUGAUAGUAUUUUGGGCAACAAGCCAUAUAGCAAAAAAGACUAUCGGUCCUAAUCAGGGGGAUGCCCCAGCACCGGACUGUCAUGGCUCUGCUUCGAUUCCUCGACUUGCCUGCUUUAAGCUUUACCGAAUCCAAGCGGAGCGCGGUCGCAUCCAAAAAAAAAGCAGAAAAAAAAACAACAAUUUCCGGAAACCGCCAGGAAACUGUUCAAAAGUAUUAAUGUGAGAAACCAUUCGCUUAAUGUAUCCAAACCUACGCUAACUACUUUACCCGCACAAUAAUGUAGUCACGGGACGAGCACCGUUUGGGGUAAUGGGGGAAAAAAAUUCAACAUCACGUCUUAUGUUCAGCGUGUCCAUCACGUUCAGCGUGUCCAUCACUUUCAGCGUGUCCAUCACUUUCAGCGUGUCCAUCACGUUCAGCGUGUCCAUCACUUUCAGCGUGUCCAUCACUUUCAGCGUGUCCAUCACUUUCAGCGUGUCCAUCACGUUCAGCGUGUCCAUCACGUUCAGCGUGUCCAUCUCUGUGACUUCAGGCCUCGUUUCCGUAUUUCCUCCACUGUCGGUGCCGCACUGCAUUACUCUGGCGUAAAAAAUAAUCACACUCCAAUUUCUUAAUGUUGGAAGAACUGGAAUUUUUUUUUUCUUCUUUUUUUUUUACUGUAAAAAAUUCUGCUUUACAAUGAAAUCCUUUACCUCAUUUAGGAUUUAAAAAAUGUAUCUGAUUUAAAUUUUGUUUUAUUGAAUUUUUUUUUAUUUUUUUAUUUUUUUUAUUUGCUCUGAUGACCUCUUAACAAGUCUUAGCUAUAUGUUAUUUUUUUAUCAUUAUGUUUUUUAUUUCAUUGCAUCUCAGGCAGAAUGAGCAUCUCAUAUCGGGCAGGUUUUUACUGCCAAAUCGUGUCCCAGUAAGUCGGGACUACAAGUUAUUUUUCUAUUUAAGCCCCACCCCCUCCCCCCCACCCCAAAACACAUUAUUCAAAGGUUGGCCUAACCCAUUAUUUUUCAGCAGGAGCAGACGAUCGUCUUUACAGUGGUCUCCAAAUUAAAUACUAAAUAAAUAAAAUAAAAAAAUUAAGAAGUUUUAGCAAUAUAUAUAUAUAUUUUUUAUCAGUUAACUGCACUUUCUUUAAAAUGAAAUCAUAUUUUCUUAAUGCAAAAUAAAAACAAAGUACAAAAUUUUUUUUUUUUUUUUAAACAACAAAUUUAUAACAUAAAUUUACAUAUAAAUGUUUAUCCAAAUGCCGGAAAAAACAAACAAACCAAAAAACACAAGAAUUGUUUAAAAAAAAAAAAAAAAGGAAAAGUUCUGCCAAUUGCUAUUAUUUUGACUAUAAUACAAUUUUAGAGGUACAAGUGCCGGAAUACCCUUUAAAAGCGAAGAAUUAUUUUUAAAUAGUUCCGCAAAUUGCUAUUAUUUUUUUUCAGUUUGUGUUUGAUGAUAUUUUAUAUUAGUUGUUUACUAAGAAAUUAGGAAAAUAUUAUACAAUUUUAGACAUACAAAGAGUGCAGUAAAUUGAUAUUAAAAAAUAUAUAUAUAUAUCUAACCAAUUUUUUUAUAGUUUUUUGAAGUUUAUUUUUUUUGUUUACAUAAUCAAAACCUAAAUCUAGAGCAGUGGUCUCCAACUGUGGCCCUCGGAAUGUUGCAAAAACUACAACUAUUAGCAUGCUCGGAGUUGUAGUUUUGCAACAGCUGGAGAACCACAGUCUGAAGACCUAGCAGGGCCCGUAGUUUGGUCGGAAGCCGCCAUUACUGUUGGGCCAAUAACCAAUAAUCCUGUGGACAGGUGGGGCCGCAGCCAUGUUUUUCUUCCAAUCAUUAGACCACUUUACAUUUACAGAGGUGAAGGGAAGGGCACAUCCUGCUCCUUGUGUGUUUGCAUUCCCAGUCACAGACUAUGGCGCCACAGUUUCUUAUAAUGUCGUCAGUUGUUGUAUUUUCUAGUACUAAAAAUAUCUGUCCGUUUUAGGUUCUUUUCUGGGAAAAGUUCCAAAAUGCACAACUGUAAUCGAAAGUGUUGGGAAUCAUUUUUUUUUUUUUUUGCUGUUUUACUCAGUGCCCCUUAUAUCUUGCCCCUUUAUAUCUUGCCCCUUAUAUCUUGCCCCUUAUAUCCUGCCCCUUUAUAUCUUGCCCCUUAUAUCUUGCCCCUUAUAUCCUGCCCUGAUGUUGCAGUUUGGCUUUACAGAAGUGAAUGGCGAUGAGCUGCAAUACCGCAAUCAACCUGUGAACCAGGGGGUGGCGCUGUUUUCUGUAACCUUUUAUUUUUAUUUUUUGUAUUUGCGUUAUUUGGAUUAGGAUAUUAUCUCUGGAUGAAGCCAUCUUUUUUUUUUUUUUUCCGUAGGCCUCAUUGACAUCACAUUUUUGGGAUAUGUCGCUGGCGCCAACAUAGCGAUGCCAGGCCCAUUGACUUGGACAGAAUGUCGUCUGCCAGAGACUACAUUGUGUGUCCUAUCUGCUAAGUGUUUUGGUUCCUGAAAAAUAAUUAUAUUUUCAGGUAAUGCAAUCAACUAGUGAAAACAGCACCACCCCUAUCCUCAGGUUGCAUGUGGUAUUGCAGCUCAGUUCCAUUGACAUGAAUAGAGCUAAGUUGUAAUACCAAUCACACCCUGAGGAUAGUGGUGGCGCUGUUUUUGGAUGGAAUUUGCUCUGUUUAUCUAUCCCAAUGAUGUACUUCAAAAACAUGGUGUAAUUGGGGUGAUAAAUGUAUAAAUGAA